AUGGACCGAGGCACCGUGCAUGUGUCGGCGCCCUCCCUGCACGCCCACGCCCACAUGACGGCCCUGACGGCGCCCUCGCUGCCCCAGCGCUCGCCCUUCGCGAUCCAGGAGCUGCUGGGCCUCGGCUCGCAGUCGGACUCCCCGCCCGCGCCGCCCGCGUCCUCGUCCUUCGGCGCCGGGGGGUCCCUGGGGGCGGCGCCCCACCUGCUCUACUCCCGCCACGCCGCCCUCGCCGCCCACCAGCAGCACUCCCUCUUCCCCGACUCCCGCCAUGUGUGGAUGAACCAUGCCCUUCUGCCCGGCAUGGGCAUGGGCGGCCUGGGGGCGCCUGUCACGCCCGUCACCGUCAGUAGCGGGAUGCCCUCCAUGCUGGGCCUCAGACACGACGCCCACGCGCCCCCGCCCGACGCCCACAGUCCAGGUAAGCCAUACCAUCUGCAGGAAAAGAUACCUUUUAGUGCACAGUCAUCCCCGCACGAGGCGGCGCGAGAGGCGUCGGCCGGCGGAGGGCAGGGCACGCGCCGCCCGCCCGCAGCCCACCGAUAG